AUGGCUGCAUAUAAUGCUUCCCUCCUCACCACAUUCAACAUCUCCCACACCAUCAAUACUCCCAUGAACCGAAAUAAUUAUCUCAGUUGGCGAUCUCAAUUUUUCGACAUUCUUGAAAUUCAUGGUCUGGAAGAUGUCGUGACCACCAAUACCAAACCUCCCAAGAAGCUUGAUGAUGGAUCUCUUAAUCCGAAUUAUUCUGAGGACAAACUUGUCCUCAGUUGGAUCAAGUCUACUUGCUCACCCUAUAUCCGCUAUGUACUGCUUCCUUGCGCCUACGCUUUCGAUGCUUGGUCUCUUCUGGAAAAGCGUUUGUCUCCUGUCUCCAAGACUUACAUCUGCACCCUUCGUGAACAACUCCGCACUCUUAAAAAUGAUUCAAAGAAGUCCAUGUCUGACUAUUUGCUACAUGCCAAAAGCCUUGCGGAUUCACUUACUGCUGCUGGAUCCGUUAUUUCUGAUGAAGAACUCAUUGAAAGCUUCUUGGACGGUCUUGGUCCCGAAUAUAAAGAGUUUACAAUAGCUGUUCAUCUUCGGUCUUCUCUCUCCUACGAUGACUGCUACGACCUACUCCUUCAAGAAUAA